GCACCCUUAAAUCUGCAAAUCCCACUACAGAGGACCUCUGCAUCUGCGAUGCUGUUUUCCCUGCCAGGAGGUUCCGGAGCCCGGCGCCUACUGCCCUGGCUUCUGCUGCUGGCAGCCUGGCGGGCGGGCAGCGCCCAGCUGCGCUACUCGGUCCCCGAGGAGGCCCAGCACGGCACGUUCGUGGGCCGCCUGGCGCAGGACCUGGGGCUGCCGCUGGCCGAGCUGGUGCCGCGCCUGUUCCGGGUGGCGUCCAGGGCCGGUGGGGACCUGCUGGAGGUGAACGUGCAGAACGGCAUCCUGUUCGUGAACGCGCGGAUGGACCGCGAGGCGCUGUGCGGGCGGAGCGCGGAGUGCAGCGUGCACCUGGAGGUGGUGGUGGAGCGGCCGCUGCAGGUGUUCCACGUGGAGGUGGAGGUGAGGGACGUCAACGACAACCCGCCCGUGUUCAGACAAAGGGAACAGAAGGUGCUCAUUUCCGAAUCUGCGCCUCUGGACUCUCGUUUUCCUCUAGAGGGCGCUUCAGACGCGGAUAUCGGCGUAAACGCUCUGCUGACCUAUACAUUAAGUCUAAAUGAGCAUUUUGUGCUUAAAAUGGUAACGGAAAAAAACAAAAGUAUGUUACCUGAGUUGGUUCUUCGGAAGUCGCUGGACAGAGAGGAAAUAGCAGAACUUACUUUACUACUGAUGGUGGUCGAUGGCGGUAGACCGGGGCUGACAGGAUCCGUUCAAAUCCAGGUAGCCGUCCUGGACGUGAAUGACAACGCGCCGGCCUUUGAGGAGCCAGCCUACAGAGUAGUGUUGUCUGAAAAUGUCCAAAACGACACGAGUGUGGUUCACCUGAACGCUUCCGAUCCAGACGAAGGACCGAAUCGAGAAAUUGCCUAUGGAAUCAGAACGAUUUUGCCAGAGAGCAAGAAAUGUACAUUUGUAAUCAAUCCUGACACAGGUGAAAUUAGAAUUUACGGGAACCUGGAUUAUGAGGAGAACGAUGAGUAUGAAAUUCAGGUUCAGGCAACUGAUAAGGGGGUUCCGUCCAUGGCUGGUCACUGCAGCGUCCUGGUGAAAGUUCUGGACUUGAAUGACAAUGUUCCUGAGAUAACGGUCACUUCUCUGUUGGUGCCCAUCCGCGAGGACGCUCCGGUGGGCACGGUGGUCGCCCUGGUCAGCGUGUCCGACCGCGACUCGGGUGCCAACGGGCAGGUGAGCUGCGCCCUGACGCCCGACGUGCCCUUCCGGCUGCUGUCGACCUUCAGGAACUACUACUCGCUGGUGCUGGAGAGCGGGCUGGACCGCGAGCUGGUGUCGGGCUACGGCGUGGUGGUGACGGCGCGCGACGCGGGCUCGCCGGCGCUGCGGGCGUCGGCCAGCGUGUGGGUGGAGGUGGCGGACGUGAACGACAACGCGCCCGCGUUCGCGCAGGCCGAGUACACGGUGUUCGUGAGGGAGAACAACGCGCCGGGCUGCCACCUGGUGACGGUGUCGGCGCGCGACGCGGACGCGCGGGAGAACGCGCGCGUGUCGUACUCGCUGGUGGAGCGGCGCGUGGGCGAGCGCCUGCUGUCGAGCUACGUGUCGGUGCACGCGGAGAGCGGGCGCGUGCACGCGCUGCAGCCGCUGGACCGCGAGGAGCUGGAGCUGCUGCGCUUCGAGGUGAGCGCGCGCGACGCGGGCGUGCCGGCGCUGGGCAGCAACGUGACGCUGCAGGUGUUCGUGCUGGACGAGAACGACCACGCGCCGUGGGUGCUGCCACGGGGCGCGGGCGGGCCAGCGAGCGAGGCGGUGCCGGUGUGGGUGUCGCGGUCGGCGGGCGCGGGCCACGUGGUGGCGAAGGUGCGCGCAGUGGACGCGGACGCCGGCUACAACGCGUGGCUGUCGUACGAGCUGCAGGCGGCGCCGAAUGCGAAUGCGGCUGGGGCGGCGUCGGCUGCGGCGGGCGGGGCGCGGCUCCCGUUCCGCGUGGGGCUGUACACGGGCGAGAUCAGCACGACGCGCAGCCUGGACGAGGCGGACUUGGCGCGCCAGCGGCUGCUGGUGCUGGUGAAGGACCACGGCGAGCCCGCGCUGACGGCCACGGCCACGGUGCUGCUGUCGCUGGUGGACGGCGGGCAGGCGGCGGCGGCGGCGGCGGCGGCGUCCUCGUCGCGGGCGGCGGGUGUGGCGGCGGCGGCGGGCGGCGCGGCGGCGCUGCUGGACGUGAACGCGUCCCUGAUCGUGGCCAUCUGCGCCGUGAGCAGCCUGCUGGUGCUGACGCUGGUGGUGUGGACGGCGCUGCGGUGCUGGGUGCCGGCCGCGGAGGGCGCGUGCGGCCCGGGGCAGCCGGCGCUGGUGUGCGCGAGCGCGGUGGGGAGCUGGUCGUGCUCGCAGCGGAGGCGGCAGCGGGUGAGCGGCGGCGAGGGCGCGCCCAAGGCCGACCUCAUGGCCUUCAGCCCAGGCCUUCCCCCGCCUCAAGAGGAUUGUCUAAACCCAUCCAGUGAAGUAAGUGAUAAUCAUGUGAGAAUAUUUGUUUCCCUUAAGAACUUGCCUUUAUGUUGGAAUUAA